AUGGGUGAUAUUACCCUCCGCUACAAGCCAGAAGAACCAAUCGACGUCGUCGACUGGUGCAACACAUCCGUACUAGCCUACGAGGAGGCGAGUCAAGCCCUCGAGAAGGAGGCAGACCGUAUAUACAAGCUCGAGAAUGAGGUCGACGAGGCCGGCCUCAUGGAGAAGUUCCGCGACCUCCUCAACGAGAAAAAGGUCAAGAUCCGCGAGCAGCAGCGCCUGCUCGCCACCACCUCCCAGGGCGCGCCCCCGACCGCCGAGGGCACGCCCGAGGCCGUCGUGCCCCUCAGUCCCAAGCCCAAGAAGGAGCCCAAGGAUUCGCAGGCCCGCGCGCCCGGUCCUUCGAGGAGAGGUAAACGGAAGCAGGCGUCCCCUCCGCCCGAGGAGGAGGACGAUGACUCGGACGAGUUUGAGAAGAUGGAUACCGAAGGGCCGGGCGGCGGCGGCGAGACUGUCGCCCGCGACUCUGAGGAUGAUCGUACCACUGACCCCGGCUCAGAUGAUGACCCCACGGCCAGCGAGGCCGAUGAGGACGAGGCCCCGCCUCCUCCCUCGCGGUCGACGAGGAAAGCAGCCGCUAAGCCCGCAAAGGGUGCGCGGGCGAGUGCGAGAGGUGCGCGGCAGACUGCACAGCCUGAGGAGGCAAGCAGUAGUAAGGUAGACGAUGGAAAAGAGCCGCCUAAGAGGGAGCUACCCUUUGCGUCGAAGAAGAAGACACCUGCUGCCAAGACGAAGGAACCAGAACCUGCGGGGAGCGAGACAGAAUCUGAUGAUGAACUUUGA